AUGUCUCAGGAUCCUGAUAUUCCACAUACAAGUGAAGAAAAAUCAAGUGAUUCAGAGGAUAUCCAAGAGGACAGCUUGAACAACCCAGAUCAAUCUAUGAGACAAAGGAUACGACAAAGUACCUCAAGUCCACACAGAUGCAACAGAGCUCAAUCUAGUCCCCCUCGGCUUGUGUCGAUGGAAGAGCUGAUGGAAACAGCAAAAGGAGUUUCCAAUAUGGCGUUAGCACAUGAAAUUGUAGUCAAUGGAGGCUUCCAGAUUAAACCAGCUGAAUUACCAGAAGGCAGCCUGGAGAAAACUGUAAAAGAGAUUGUACAUAAAGCUUUUUGGGACUGUCUGGAAGCCCAGUUAAGCGAAGAUCCACCAACAUAUGAUCAGUCAAUUAAACUUGUGGGGGAGAUUAAAGAGGCUCUUCUAUCUUUCUUAUUGCCUGGUCAUACUAGAUUAAGAAAUCAGAUUACUGAAGUUCUGGAUCUGGAUCUGAUAAAGCAGGAGGCAGUGAAUGGGGCCCUGGAUAUUUCUAAGCUGGCAGAAUUCAUCAUCGGAAUGAUGGGGACCCUUUGUGCUCCAGUUAGAGAUGAGGAAAUUAAGAAACUGAAAGACAUUCAUGAAAUAGUCCCACUAUUCAGAGCAAUUUUCUCUGUAUUAGACUUAAUGAAAAUGGACAUGGCUAACUUUGCUGUCAGUAGCAUUAGGCCACAGUUAAUGCAACAAUCUGUUGAAUACGAAAGAGAGAAGUUUCAGAAGAUUUUUGAGAAACAGCCAAAUUCUCUAGACUUUGUCACCGACUGGCUGCAAGAAGCAUUAGAUGAUCUUGCCAAUUUGAGGUGUAAAAAUCCACCUUCCCCUGGUGUUGGUGCUGCUGCUAGUGGAGUUCCUGUAUUGUGUCCUGCUGCUGUACAGAAUUGGGCAUAUCUAAAGCUGCUUAAGUGGGAUCAUGUGCACAGGCCUUUCCCAGAAACAUUGUUAAUGGACCACACCCGCUUUCAGGAAAUGCAGCUGGAGCUGGAACAGCUCACCUUGACUGGUUCUAUCCUCCUGGUCAUGUUCAAUGUAGCAGGUGCAGCACUUUCCAAUCUGCCAGGGUUUGCUGACAAAAUCAAAACCAUUAUAAAGGUGUUGUUGACGGGAAUGCACCUUCCCUCCUUUAACCUGAGUGAAUCUUUGGCUACUGUUGGUGAGAAGGUCUGUGCUGAAGUUAAUAGCUGUCUUUCCCAACAUGGAUUCACGCCAUUCACAACUGAGAAAGAGAUUGCGCUUAAAGGACAGAUCCAGACAUUGGGAAACUCUGACAACACCAUAUGCAAGUUGAUAGAUUCUCGAAUCCAGACAUUUUUGGAGAGCUAUCUGACUUCUGGUCAUCAGAAAUCGUUUCCUGCUAUUCCUGCGGGAUUAGGCCCUAUUCAAAGAGAGAUGGAAGAAAUUGCUGUCAAGUAUGUUCGCCUUGUCAACUAUAACAAGAUGGUGUUCAGCCCGUACUAUGAUGUCAUCCUCAGCAAACUACUGAAUAAGGAAGAAUCCCAAUUGUUAGGGUAG